GAAGUAGACCGACUGAGAGAAACAGAGAGACUGAGACAGACUCAUAACUGCUGAUUAUCUUUGGAGAAUGGGGAGAAAAGCAAAGAAAGGGGAGAGAAAGGUAGGGGAGAGACAGAGACAGAGACAGAGAGAAACAGAGAGACAAAGACAGAGGCAGAAAUACACACCCACCCAAAGACACCGAGACAGAAAUAGAGGCAGAGAAAGACAGAAAUGGAGACACAGAGAUAUACACACAGAGAAUGAGACAGACAGAGAUGUAGACAAACUGAGAGAGAAACAGAGAGACUGAGACAGAGACAAAAUCUCAUAAUUGCUGAUUACCUUUGCAGAAUGAAGAGAGAAGAGAAACCAAGGAAAAGAGAAGAGAUGGACAAGAGGGACACACAGAAAGACAGAGAUACAUAAAGAUAGAGAGGGACAAAGAGAGACAGUCAGAGAGACACACAGAGAGAAACUCGGGGCAUUUGGAACUUCAGCUCUAAUAAGCUAGUGGGAGAGGGCUUCCCAGGCUUCACAGCAUUAUUAGGGGAGACUUUCCGCCUUCGGUGCCGCUGGGGGGAAUUCCCUUUAAUUCAUCUAUACGAAGGAGGCAGUCUGAGCCUUGGAGGGGGGUUGCUGAGGUGCUUUCCUCAGCAGGGCAGCCAACCUUCCCCCAAGGCAAGGAGCUCCCUAUCAGCCCGAUCUCCAGCCAGUCCCUGCCUCCCUGGGGUGGAGCAUGAGCCCAAGGCUAAACACUGCACAGGUGUAUAAGUAGUGGGGCCUGGGUCCAGCUGCUGCACCUGUUCCAGGAACAGCCUCGCCCAGGUGCACCGUAGCUUAGAAGGGGCCACCGGUCCCCAGAAGUCAGACCAUGAGCUCCUUUGAUCUCCAGGCGCACUCCCCACCCCGCUGCAGCCCCCAGUUCCCCAACAUUGGCCAGGAGCCCCCUGAGAUGAACAUCUAUUAUGAGAACUUCUUCCACCCACAGAACAUGCCCAGUCCUCAGCGUCCCUCGGGCUAUGAUAACAGUGGGGACUAUGGGGCUACACCAAAUCCCUACCUCUGGCUGAAUGGGCCUGCUAUCACCCCUCCACCCUACCUCCCAGGUUCCAACCCCGGACCCUUUCUACCCCAGUCCUAUGGCAUGCAGAGGCAGCUGUUGCCCAAUGGCCUUGGGGCUACCGACCUGGGCUGGCUACCCAUCCCUUCCCAGGAAGAGCUGAUGAAGCUGGUGCGUCCACCUUAUUCCUACUCAGCCCUCAUUGCCAUGGCCAUCCACGGGGCACCGGACAAGCGGCUGACACUCAGCCAGAUCUACCAAUAUGUGGCAGACAACUUCCCCUUCUACAAUAAGAGCAAGGCUGGCUGGCAGAACUCCAUUCGGCACAACCUCUCUCUCAAUGACUGCUUUAAGAAAGUGCCCAGGGAUGAGGAUGAUCCAGGAAAAGGAAAUUACUGGACUUUGGAUCCAAACUGUGAGAAGAUGUUUGAUAAUGGAAAUUUCCGCAGAAAGCGAAAAAGGAAGUCCGAUGUCACAUCCAGCACGAGUUCCUUGGCUUCAGAGAAAUCUGAGGACAGUCUCCUGUCUGGCAGCCCCAAGACCACAGAUGCCCAGGACAUGUUAGACAGUGCCUCUCCCAGUUCUGACAGCUCCCCAGGGAAGCGUUCUCCCCCUUCUCCAUCAACCAACCCAUGUCUCACGGGCUUUCUGUCCACCAUGACCACCUAUGUCAGUGGCUCCAACUCUACAGGCCGCUCGGGGGGGGCUCCUCCAGGACUCAACACUGAGAGCACUGAGAAGAUGGGUCAGAACUUCCUGAGUUUCAACUCCUUCUCCCCACUCCCCAAUAUUCCCAGCCAUGGAGGUGGGGGUGACUGGUCCAACCCCAUUCCCUCCAACCACCUUGGCUACAGUGGCUCUGUCCUCAACCAAUUCAACACUCAUUUCUACAACAGCAUUAACACAAACAGCAUUCUCUACCCCAGGGAGGGGACCGAGGUUUAGAAGCAGGAACAAUGUCCUGGGCAAGGACAGGAAGGGUUGAAAAGAGAAAGAGGGCUCACUCAGUAGGUAGCUCUAUUCAUCCUGACUUUUGAGACUUGGAAUCUGGUCCAGAAUUUUGUUGUUUUUUUGUUUUGUUUCUUUUUUGGGGGAAGGCAAUGUAAAGAUUUAAGUGACUUCUCCAGGGUCUACAGUGUCUACAGCUAGAUUUAAACUCAGGUCUUCUUGAUUCCAGAACUAGCACUCUAUCCAUCAUGUCACUUAGCUGCCUCUAAAUCUGGUCCAGAAGGGUAGGAGAUAAACUACUUUUUGUUCAGAGACUUGACUAAAUCCAUCUCACACAUAAGCAUGCACAAACCCAUAUAAACAUACAUGCAACAUACAAAUGCACACAAAAUCAUAGCGAUGGAACCUUACUUAGGAAGCAUUUAUUAGUAAGUGCUUCCAGGGACAGCAGAUCUAGGCAAUCUAGUUGGGGAGAUAUUGCUUAGGUUCUUGGGGUUAGAAAAUCCAAAAAGUUCAAAUUUCCUCCUCUUUCCUGAGGGGAAAUUCAGAACAACACUGGAAAAUCUAAGCCAUAGAUACUGAAGCUGGUAGGAAAUGCUGCUUGUUUGGCUCUAACUAAGGGCAUCUAAGAUUUAAUAUUCUUACCCUUUGGAGUCUGGAGUCAGCAUCUCCCACCAUAUCUUCAGCAAAGGGAGCAGAGCAGUUUACUUACCAAAGAGAAAGAACUCCAGCUUCCCCAUUGCUUUACACUUGCCCAGCCAAAGGGUCACCAUUGCUAGAGAGCCCCACAAUAGUCACUGCCUGGGAGACAAGAAAUACUAUGAACCUGAUAUUCCUGGCAUUGCCAAUGUAUAAUUCCCUCAAAGCUUAACUUCCCGUGUGUCAUGGGCCACUGAAAAUGUGGUGUUGGUGCUAUCCAAGAGAAACACUAAUAGAAUAAAACCUUCCUUUUUAUAGCCAGAAAUAAGGGAAAGAUGAAGGAGAAACGUCAGCUUCAGAGAGGUGACAGCACCUCCCUCUCCAAAGUCCUGAAAAUCCGCCAGAUUCCUGCACCAAGUUUUGAGACAACCACUGAGAACUCUACCUACAGUGUUGUAUAUUGUGACUGAGCAGCCCUUCCCAUGAUUAUGAUUGUUUAGUUUUGUUGUUAUUAUUAUUAUUGUUUUUUGUUCUUUUAUGUUAUUGUUUUUUGUAUAUGUUUUGUACUCUAAGCUUUCAUCACACACAAGACAUACUUGGAAGUAUUUUUUAUUAAUAAAAGCUUUGUGCAGAA